GCGGCUACGGUGUUCGCUGUCAACUUUAAAGGAGCUCCCGUGUGCCGGAGCGGCCGGUGGAUGUUGCGCCAUGGAGGCGAAGACAAGACUUCGAGCCACGCUGAUGUUACUAUGGAUUUUUCAAGGUGACACCAAUGAUGUGGAGAUCCCCAGAGGAGAGAUGGAGGUGGUCAAAGGCCAGAUGGUGGUGUUACAUGCCUGGUACAGCCCCAACUCUGACAUUUCCAAAAACUCUGUCCUUUGGCACUUCAUGGGGAAAAAAACCAAACAGGUAAUAAACUUCAGCCUCGGCAAAGUCGGGAUCAGUCAGAAUGAGUUCACCAAAAGAGUGGGCUUCAGUGCGGCCAUGCCCUCAGCCAACCUCUCCAUCUACAUCAACAACACCCAGGAGUCAGACUCUGGGCAGUACUUAUGCACGGUCAUCAUCCCUGGCAGUGCUGGCAUGUUUGGACAAAUGCACUUAAAUGUCAAAGUCCCUCCUUCUCCCCCAGUGUGCUCCAUGACAGGAAACCCAGUGGUGAUGGGCAAUGUGACUCUGAGCUGUAAGUCCAGUCAUGGAAAACCCAUCCCUCACUACAAAUGGACCAAGGCUGCGCCCAUGACCGAGGUCUUCUUCGCCCCAAUGCACAACGAGCGACACGGCACCCUGAGGCUGAGCAACCUCACGAAAAGCAUGUCGGGGAAGUUCAUGUGCCGAGCCAGCAACACCGCCGGCUCCGACAUCUGCUCCGUCAACCUGGAGCUUCUCACCUCUUCCAACGCAGGCCUGACAGCAGCAGCGGCUCUGGGCUCCAUCGUGGGGCUGGUGGCCGUGGGGCUCUUCCUCAUAUUCAUACUGAGGCGGAGAAGGGACACCGAGGAGGAGACGGCCAACGAGAUCAAGGAGGACGCUCAGGCGCCAAAGCGAGUGUCGUGGGCAAAAAGUAACACCGGCUCGGACAUCGUAUCCAAAACUGGCACGCUGUCCUCCAUCGCCACGAGUCCGCGGCCGCGAGACCCCCUCCAGCCCAACUCCCACGACCCAUACCCCCCCACGUCGGCAUCGGACACCGGCUCGGUGAUUAACGCCUACCAGCUGCGACCCGGAGACGCCAGCACGCUCCAGGGACUCCCCGGUUACAACGCGGCAUGCACGCCGUCACGCAAACACAAGCGCCCCCCCAGCUCAAACGGGGCCCCCCCGCAGCUUCAGAGGAGCCCCGUGGGCCCCAACAGGACUGAGGCUCAGCCUCAGGUGUCCCCACAGACCAGCUGCUCCACCCUGACGCGCAUGGGCGCUGUCGCCGUCAUGGUGCCGGCUCAGAGCCAAGCGGGCUCGCUGGUGUAGCCGGGGGGAGGACAGUGGCUACGGAGCGAGGAAGGGAGGAAGGGAGGGAGCGAGGGAGCGACCGUAUGCCUUGAAAUGGACAGCACCUUCUCCACCAGCGCCUGAGAGGUUGUGAGAGAAGACGAUGUCGCGAAUCGUUUCAGUUUGUUUUUUGGAAGAAAUACAUUUUUAGUUCCACUUAUUUCAAAAGAGAUUUUCAAAAUGAUAUCUAAUAAAUUAUGAUUUUGAGGCUAUAUAAAUAAAACUGAUGACAAGAGUUGUUUGAACUGAAUAGUGUGUCUGGAUACUGUAAAAUCAUAAAUCGUUUGUUUCGAGUUUUGCAGUUCUUGCGAAACAUAAUGCUUUGGAUAUUUAUAUAACGGAACUAAAUAUUUGAACUUUUAUAAUUCCAUUUGUAUGAAUCACUCUUCAGUCACUUCUGUCAGGCAAAUUGCACUCGUUCAAAAUCACAGUUCAGGUAUUUCAACUUUUAUUUCAUCGCUUUCUUUGACCCACUUCUGUUCACAUGCCGGUUAUUUUAUUUAACCUACGGUAACAAUGUCAGUUGUUGAAUAUUCAUGAGUAUAUUGCCUGUUAUGGUAGUUGGAAUGUAAACAAAAUAAUGUUGGAGUUCAUGGUUUCUUACUAUUUUGUUUAACGGUGCUUGGUAUAGAACAUGAUACAAUUACUGUAAACAUUUGAGGUCAUUAUUCGAUGGGUUAUAUUUGACCAACCCUCCUGCUGAUGCUGUUUUUUGUUUUCUUGAAAGUAUAUUAAACUCUGGAAUUAAUGUGUUGGUGAGUUAUUGAGGCUGAAAGGCUACAUGGAGCACUUUUAAUGCAGUUUUGAUUGUUGAUCAUUUUUAAAUAAAGUGUUCUGAAGUGUUUGCGUUUAGUAAGAC